UAUAAAAUUAUAAGUCUAGAUCUAACUAAUAUUUAGAUCUAGAUCUACUCUAGAUAUAUCUACCUAUAGUCUACUCUAGGCAGGGUUGUCUUUAAAAAUAUCAGAUUCUAAAUUUUAUAAAAUUCUGCGCCAUAUUGAAUAUUGUCAAAUUAAUGGCGCUUACCAUAAUGAAAAUCAUAAACACGAAAAGAAACAUGAGCUGGUGGAUUUAGAGUCUAGAUCUAUAUCUUUGCAGCAUAAUUUAGUUUAUAUUGUUAACAGUUGCCAUUAGUAGACCAGUAAACAAAAGAACAGAACAUCACAAUGUUUGGCCAGAAUAAGCCAACAGGAUUUGCUGGUUUUGGAACCACCACUUCAGCAUUUGGAGGAUUUGGACAAUCAUCAUCAACCUUCGGUAGCACAGGGUCAGCCUUCGGCAGCCAGACUCCAGGUGGUGGCACGAGUUUGUUUGGUGCUAGUGGAACAACAGGUGGUGCUGGAACAGGCUUGUUUGGUCAGUCCUCGGGUACUGGUUUUGGGCAGCAGCAAGGAACUGGUGCUUUCUCAUUCGGCAGUGCUACAGGCAGCAGUACGCCUGGCGGCUUGUUUGGCGGGGCCAGCCAGACUGGCACAGGGUCCAGCUCUCUAUUUUCCACCCCAUCAACUGCGACAGGAUUUGGCGCUGCAAAGACUGGUUUUUCUGGUUUUGGAAGCACCCCAUCCCAGACGAGUACUGGAGGUUUAUUUGGCACUAACCCUGGAGCAACACCGUCCUUGUUUAGCGGUGCCACCAGCGCCUUUGGCAGUGUUGGAGGUGGCACCACCAUUGCUUUCAAUCCCCCGAGUGGGCAGGACACAAUGAUGAAAAGUGGUAUCACAACAAAUAUCAGUACCAGACAUCAAUGUAUCACCGCCAUGAAGGAAUAUGAAAAUAAAAGUUUAGAGGAACUUAGGUUUGAAGAUUAUAAUGCCAACAGAAAAGCAAAACAAGCAGGGGCUCCUUCAACAGGGAGUCUCUUUGGUCAGGCACAGCCAACUCAACCAGCAGCUAGUACAGGCUUUGUCUUUGGUAGUGGGUUGACCACAGGGCUGCAGCAGUCCAGCACAACAGGAUUUGGAGCUUUUGGAAGUACCAACAGUUCGUCUGCUGCUUCAACCUUCAGUACAAAUAGACCUCUGUUUGGGACAACAACAACGACACAGUCUGGCUUUGGCUUUGGUUCUGCUACGGGCACUCAGUCAACAUCUCUAUUUGGCGGUGCAGCCACAAGGCCCCUUUUCGGAACAACUACUCAGCCUUCGCUGACUGGCUCAUUCUUUGGCUCCAGUGCUGCCAGUGCAGCUUCUAACCCUGUUGGCUUUGGGACCAGCACACAGAGUGGUGGACUGUUUGGUGCUUCAAAGCCGACAGGGUUUGGUACUGCGACUACAUCUACCAUCGGCUUUGGUACAGGAACCAAUUUGUUUGCCAAGCCCGCUUCUACUGCCUCCACCUUUGGUUUCGGAACAAAUACCAGCACCACAGGAUUUGGUGCAACAUCAGGUGGCCUCUUCAGCAUGAAGCCAAACACAGGGUUCGGAACAGCUACAACUGGAAGCCUUGGAUUAACAGGAUCAUCGUUUGGUUUUGGCAGUGGCCUCAGUACCAGCUCCACUGCCAGUACCUUUGGCAGCACCCAGGCCAAACCAUUUGGGGGAUUUAACUUCAGCAGUGGACCAUCUAUUGGCUCAACAGGCUUUGGUAACACAUUGGGUACAGGCAACACGGCUGGAACAUUCAAUAUUGGAGGAGCAACCACAACACUUGGAACCUCUGUGCCUGCCACAUCUCAAGCUCCUAACUCGCCACACCUGCUCGCCCUAGCAUCAUCACCCUAUGGGGACAAUCCUUUAUUCUGGAACCUAAAACAGCAAAGCAAAGAGCGUAGAGAAGAUGCUUUGAAGCCGACCAAUCCUAAUGCACAAAAGGCUGUUUUGUCUUCUGCCAAUCAGUACAAAGUUAGUACUCGCCCAACUGCCAAGAUAAAACCAAAGUCUUUGCACAGCCUGAUUGCUGGAGGAAAGACACAGCUUUUUGAAGGUCUAGAGGACGAUGAGUUUAGCUUUGGGGAGGACACUUUUGUGCCGCGCAAGAGUGUGAAGAAGCUGGUCAUUCGCAAAUCUGGCAGCAAAUCCUCAGACAUGUCCAGUUCUCUGCACAGCGACGCUGCCGGUGACUACUGCUCUCAGGUGAAAGACUUGAGCAACAACAAGAGUCUACCACCGCCAAUCACCAGACCUCUUAACAUGAGUCAAAAUGACAACACUCUAGACAACGAAGCAGAAGCCCUUCAGGUCCACAAGACCCCUCCUCCAGUCAGACAGAUUACAGACUCUCAGAACACAAGUCUAGAUGACAGCAUAGUCACCAAUUUAGGAGGUGGCAACAACAACAGGCUGAGCGCUGCUGACACCACUACUUCCUUCCUGAACACCUCUGAUCUCGAUGCUAGUUGUUUACCUGUGGACAGGAGCACUCCUCACCCAACUGGGGUCACACUGACCCGCCCUGGCUACUUCACCAUCCCCUCCCUGGAUGAAAUGAUGAGCUACCUAGAUGAGAACGGGGACUGCGUUGUUGACAACUUCACCGUAGGGAGAGAGGGAUACGGCACCAUUUUCUUCCCAGGGGAGACCAAUGUUGCUGGAAUGAAUCUUGAUGAAAUCAUUCACUUUCGGAGAAAAGAAGUGGUUGUCUACCCUGAUGAUGACAAGAAACCUCCGCUGGGUCAAGGUCUGAACAAAAAAGCUGAGAUCACGCUGGACUUUGUGUGGCCAACGGAUAGAUCGACACGCAAGCCCAUUAAUAGCCCAGAAAGAUUGAAAAUGAUCAACUAUGCACAUAAACUUGAGGAAACUACAGCAAAACUAGGAGCAAAGUUUAUAGAUUACAGACCUGAGACUGGAUCUUGGGUUUUCCAGGUAUAUCAUUUUUCUAAAUACGGUCUGUUGGAUGACUCUGAUGAGGAUGAGCUGACAGAACAGCAGAAAGAAUUAUUAGCCCAGUCAGCAAAAGACUUUUUAAUGGUGCAGAAAAUGAAAAUCCAACAGAUAAAUUUAGAUCCAAAAGAGAAAGCCAAAAAGUUAUCAGCUCCUUGUGAUCAGCCGCAACAGUUUCAAGUUGAAGACCAAAUCAUGCUUCAGGGAGAGGAAGAGCUCUCAGCUGAUGAUGACAGCUUUGAAAUGCAAGAUUCUUUCCUGGCCUCUUCAAAGAAAUAUGACAAAGACUUCCAGGAAGAUGAAGGAACAGAUGUUGGGAUAGAUUCUAAAUUUUUAGCCUCGUCUAUGGGUGUCAGUGCUAAAACUAUCCAAGGCAUGAAGGCUUCUUUCUUUGGAGAUUUGGAUGAAAAGAAAUCAGGACGCAGAGAUAUUGAGCUUGAUGAAGAGAAGGACUUGAGGUUCAGUUUGAAGAAGUCUGGCGACAAGAUGGCCGCUGGUUUGUUUGGUGCCUUUAAGUACCCUGCAACUUUGUCUUUACCCCAGUCGCCAGCUCUCUCAGAUCAACAGAGCAAAAAUGGAUAUGAACCUGUCGCCUUUGGAAAAUCAGGAUUAUUUGAUGUCAGCUUAGGGAAAGAUCUUCUUCGUCCCAAACCACAAACUUUCUUACAGACACCACACGUGGAACAUAAACUCAUUAACAGUGGCAUGCAGUCCCAGGAUGCUCCUCCCCGUAUUGUAGGGACCCUUGUUCGUCACAACACCCUGCACGUGAAGGACUCUGUGCUCUACAACAAUCAGCAGCCUUUUGUUGAUGCGGCUUUCUUCAUGGGGCGAUCAUUCCGAGUUGGAUGGGGGCUGCCGUGGACGCUAGUGCACAGUGGUGCCCUGAUAGGCAUUCCAGAGGAAGACACUCAAGAAGUGUCACUACUUCCUUUUGCUAAAGGCCGAGCUAAGACACAGCCCAGUACGAAGAGUUGGAUGGCCCAUGUUGAACAAGUACAAGUGACUGACUACAUGGACACCAGGGAUUCUAAAAUUUUGAGCCAACAAGAAGCUCUCUUGACUAUUCAGCUGGAACAUUCUAGAUUUAACAUGGAAGAUGGUUGUCCUGUCUUUGUGCCUGAACCUGGGGUGGCAGCUCUCCAUAAAAUUGCUGACCUGGUCAGAAAUGGCAUAGCAGACAUGAGUGCACAUCCUGAUAUCAAAGCUCAAGAACACUUCAAAAUGGUUUUGUCACUCUGUGUUGCAUUAUGGGGGAACUUACUAGAAGAUGCAGAUUUAGACAAAGAAGAUGUAUACCGUGAGACUCAGCUGCGGAGAGAGAUGUUAUCAAGAUGGCUGACAGAAACAGGUUUCCCUAAAGUCCUAGAAGAAAUGGAAGCUGCACAGGGUAAAGAAGGCUAUCUUGAAAAAGUGUUUUCAAAGCUGACCAUUGGUGAAAUCUCUAAAGCUUGUGAACUAGCGCAGGCAGGAAGAGAUCACCGCUUGGCCCUGCUGUUGUCCCAGGCCAUGGGCAGUAUGGUGACCAGACAUAUGCUGGCCGUGCAGUUGGCUCAGUGGGCAGAGCAGAAUACUUGCCAGUUCAUCAGUAAGCUGAGACUGAAGAUCUAUUGCCUCCUAGCUGGCCAGUUAGUUUGGAGACCUGGCAGCAGUGAAGGCGACUCUACUGAGGACAUCAACACAUGCCAUGGGCUGGACUGGAAGAGAUCCCUGGCAUUGCACCUAUGGUUUAAAUCUCCUCCAAAUGGUACCAUCCAGCAUGCAUUGCGUCAGUAUCAGCAAGGUUUUGAAAGCAAUGAAAAUCGCAGACCCUAUUGCGCCAGGCCAUUGCCUCCGUAUCUGGAAGAAGAGGAAGAGAACGAUGACAGUAUUUUUGACACGGCCUACCACCUGCUGUGUUUGUACGCAGAUAAAUCCUAUGGCCUGGAAGCUCUGCUUUCUCCAACCUCAUCAACACCAUCACAUUUAGAUUUUAGACUCAGCUGGCAUUUGUUACAAGUCCUCCAGUCCUUGCAGUAUUGUCACUUGUCUCCCUAUCACACUGAGAGCAUACACGUCAGCUUUGCCUCCCAGCUAGAGGCCCUGGGACUCUGGCACUGGGCAGCGUUUGUUCUCCUGCACAUCAGAGACACUGGCCACAGGCAGCAAGCUGUGAUGAGCUUGUUACAGCGUCACAUUCAGCUGGGGGACAGUCUAGACGAGAGGGAGACCUUCCUAGUGAAUGAACUUCACAUUCCAAGUGAAUGGCUGCAUCAAGCCAAGGCUAUCAGGGCACAUCUAGAAGGUAACUAUGCUACUGAGGCCAAACAUUGGAUAUUAGCUGGACAUUACAGCAGAGGCCACAGUUUGAUUCUACAACACUUGGCUUCAGAUGCAAUCAUCAAUGAUGAGGAUAUGUUUUUAAAGUCUUAUUUGGAGCAGCUUGCACCCCCAGAGCGUUCUCUCAGUAUAUUAAACUGGUCCACAUCAGGGAAAGUCUUUCUUGAUUUCAUCAACAUUCGGCAGCGAAUAGAUCAACUGAAACAGUCGGAGCCUACGGCUUAUGACCUUGAAGAGCUGGAACCAGAUGUUUUGUGUUUAUGUAACAGGGUGAAAAACCUGCCAUGCUAUAAUGCCAAAGACCGUCUGUGUCAGGCGGAGAUGUCCAAGACUAUAGCCAACUUACUCAGAACUUUGGUUUUUCUUUGUGGGGAAUCACCUGUCCAGUUGCUGACCAAGUGCAUUGCAGAUCUUCCCAUGCCUGAAGACUACAUGCGCCAAGAGUUACAGGCCUUGACCAGUGCCUAUUUGCUAGAAAUAGUGUAGGCUUUUUUUUGUAGGCUUUAGUUGCUCCUGAGAAAUAAUUCAACCAAGAAACAUCCUCAAGUUGAUCUGUGAAACAGUUCUCCAAAGUAAAUGCAGUAUCAGUGGCUAAGUGACAAAGUCUUCCUAAGACAAUAGUCCUCUGUUUGUAUUCUGUGUAACAUACAUAUUUAUAAACCUAGCAAAGAGCUAGAGAAAGUUUAAUUUUAAAUGAUCAAAAACUAUUUGAGGAAAUCAAAAUUUCCACAUGUUACUCGGUUUUUGUUGGACAUAAUAGAAAUUAAAGUCUGUAUGCAGUGCUUUGUAAACUUUUAAACUUUUGUCUACGUAAGAAUUUUAUAACAAGAAAACUCUUGUCUUGCUUGCCUUUUUUUCUUUUCUUUUCUACAAGUAAAUAAGACUUUGUGCUAAAUUGAUUGAAAUAUAUUGUAUUCACUGAAAACUCAAAACAGUUUAAAAUAUCUAGAUACUAAUUCUCUGAUGUACCAAACAGUGUAGAUCCAGUCCUGACAUUAUAAUCUUUGAACUAAUUAGAAGUUGUUAUAUUCUGUACUUAAAGUUUUUCCUUGGAAUGUAAACGUUUGCCAUUUCAAAAUGUUUUCACUUGAUCUAAAUUUAGCCUACUGAAGUGACAGUUGUUUGUUUUGUUUUUUUUUUCUUUUCAUGAUCAAUAUCAUACAUUCUGAUCCCAUAUUUGUCGAAGAACAGAAAUUUUGUUUACAAAAAAAAAAUAUUUUAAUUGUUUAUACAAUAAGUCUAUUGUUUGAUUGUGUUAUAGGAUGUCUGAGGACUAUUUAGCUUGUGCCCUGCAUCUCUUGAAGACUUAUUUUGUACAUUAAUUUUCCAAGCUUGUAAGCAUUGAAACUAAAAAUGUACAUUUUAUAGAAACAUUGAUAGGCUUAGAAUAAAGCGUAUCUAAAAUUAUUGAGUUUUGAAAUUUUAAAAAAGUAGGCAAGAGUUUUCUUGAAGAUGUCUUCGUUUGCUAUAUUAAGACUUUGAUUAGAACAUAAGAUUGAUUAUUAGAUGUUAAAGUUUAAAGCUCUUAUUAAAAUAUUAUGGAGUUGGUAACAGCAAUGUAAAAAAAACAAAUGCCUGAUGUAAAUAAUAAAAAAAGAUAUUUUUUUGACAUCAUCAAUUGUAUGCAUGAAGCUGAAUGUUGGAAUGAGUGAGUCUGGUUUUAACAGUUUUGUGAUUGUUCCUCGGUGACAUAUGUAUCUGUGUUUUACUAAGUGACUUAAUAAAGUGAUGAAAGAAGUUGA